AAUGGCGGAUCCUGUUCCCCAUCAAUCAUUCAUGCACCUGCCGCUGGAAGGGAUUUCUCGGGGGCUGCUCAACCGGGAAGGGGAUGGGGGGAUCUUCCAACCUUCCCGGCGUUAAAUAGGCACUGCCGGUGCCAGGGCAGGUCGGAGGCGCCUGGGUCACCCGCGGGGGACGAACGCUGCUGUGUCCCCCGCUCCGGCGUCCCCAUGGGUGUCUUGAGCUGCAUGAAGUACCUGAUGUUCAUCUUCAACGUGCUGGUGUUUGCUGGGGGAACGUGCCUGGUGGGCGUGGGGGUCUGGGUGGCCGUGGACCCGGCUGGUUUCCAGGACAUCGUGGCUGCCAAGCCUGUGCUGAGCGUGGGUGCCUACCUGCUGCUGGCCGUGGGCAUCGCCCUCUCGCUGCUGGGCUUCCUGGGGUGCUGCGGGGCCCUGCGCCGGAGCCGGCCGCUGCUGCUGGUGUUCUUCAUCCUCGUGAGCCUUGUCUUCAUCACACAGCUCGUUGGGGGUGUUCUCUUCCUGGUGCACUGGAAACAGAUCCGGCCGGAGCUUUUCCUGUCUGAGCUGCGGAGUAACUACCGUGGGGACGAGGGUCCUGAGGUCUUCUCCACUGCCUGGAACACGCUCAUGGUCACGGACCUGAAGACUUUGAGAAUGGCUCCCUCUUCCAGGAGCUGCACCCAGGGACGCCCUGGCCGCAGGCAUGCUGCGCCCGGGAUGGGCUCCUGCAAGCGGGCGAGCUGCUGGGCUGGGAGCAGUGCCGGGAGAGGAGCCCCGGCUAUAUCCAUGAGCAGGGCUGCUUCUCCACCUUUGGCAGGACCCUGCAGAAGUACAUCUCUGUCCCUGGGACUUGCAGCUUGGCCGUGCUGGGCAUUGAGAUCUUUGCCAUGUUCUUUGCUUUUUGCCUUUAUUACAACUUCGACUGAGCAGGAUGAAGUGUGGCAGAGACAAGCCAAGGGUUUUGGAAACAGCAGCAGGCAAGGACACUCCAUUUCCUUGCAUGUGAGAGCACAGGUCUCCAGUUCAGCGCUCUGAUUACUUCCCCAGGCAGGCGGGAGCCUUGCCGUGUCCUGUCUCUGCUCCAGCAGGCAUUUAAGGAUUGGCCUGGCUCACUUUUCUCAGAGCGGGGACAGGACACAGGCUAAAUUCCUUGCAGGCAACCACGCAGAGCAGGAGGCUGAGCAUCAAACUCACUCCCACUGCGAUCUGCCAUCAGUCUUCACACAAUUAAACAGCUCUGGUGACAGGGAGUCCUGCCCCUCGUGCACCUUCUGCUCUGUCGCACCACCAAAAACUGUCCUUCCUCCUCAUCCUCUCGAGCUUCUUGCCCUGCACCUCCCCUCCCCGGCCCCCGCUCUCUUCCACACCCAUCCUGCUCCCAGACCUCCAGGCACCCUCCAGGCUUUUCUGCAUCCCUCUCAGCUGGUGCUUUUCACUGGCCACCUCCUGGAGACACAACAGAGUCAAGACCCAGCCCAGGGCACAUUAAAUGGUCCAAGCGGCAACUGGAAUCAAACAGGCUGCUCUAGAGAGCCAGAGUUUUGAGUCUUAGGAGUCUUAAUGAUGGACUUAUCCUUUAGCAGCCUUGAUGCUACAAGGAAAAGGAAGCCUUUACUAGAGAAGGAUUUCCACAAGCUAGCUCUAAUGUGUCUGUCGCUCAGCUUCUGCUCUCAGUUUGUUCUGAAGCAGGGACAGUAACAUAGAAGCCGAAACACUUGGUGCCGU